AUCACCUGUACCGUUGCGCUGUUUUGUUAGAUAAGUGGCUUCGGUGGCUAUACUGGUUGGCGAUUAGUUAAUAAUUCAUCUCGCGACUCUCACAACUGGUGCCCAAACCGGAAGGCUGGUAUACAAUCGAAAGCAGCCGGUGUGACGUAGUGGUCGAACUUCCUGGCUGGGUGAAUCCUUUCAAUUUGUGUGUUGGGCUCCGUUAUCCGCUUGGGUCGAAGCCGCAUGUGCGCAAGCUUACGGUUUUACCUACGACGUAGCACCAACCAACCAACCAUUUUUCCAGGCGACAGCCACUUGCGACAAAAAUGCAAUUCCAUAAGUAUUUUUUCACCCCGAGACUGAUUAAGCAGUACGAUGGAUCGAAGCUAUCCUACGAACCGGGCGCACUGGAAAAGUAUGGAGACCAGCUGCUGACGGCUCUCAACUUAAUGUGGAGCUUCAGCUACUACACGUCGCCAAUCCUCGUUUCGAUCCUCUACCGACGGGGCUACUUUGUGGCCGAAUCGGUCGGAACGUUUGCGAAGGUAACCACUGGAAUUGGCCUCCUGGUGGCCGUCUCCUUGUGCAUGCGCGGUCUCGGACGCUCGAUGAACGUGGCGUACGUUCGGUUUGCUGAAACGCUGGAAAACGCUAAACGCAGCAGUGCACGUAACGGAGAAGCGAAGAAGGCCCUCAGGCAGUACGAUUUCGACUUCAGCCAGUGGCCAGUUGAUUACGUUACCAGCCGCAGAACUAUCGCUAAACCUGGUAAUAUUGUCUGGGUUUCAUCUCCACCCCGGCAUCACGAUCCGAUUCCGUGUCAAAUCGCUGCUUACAUCGCUGUCCAUACGUUCGGCAUUCGGAUGAUCUAUCCCGGAUCGGUGCGACUUCUGCAGAGCUACAUGGAACCGAUGAUCGUCGAAGGCCGCACUAAAUUGGUCAAAAAGUUUAGUGGGGAACGGAACAAGCUGAAAACAACCGAUGGUAACGAGAUCGAUACCAUUUUUGUCGAUUACCGGCAUAGAAAAAACAACAACGCCAAUAGUGCGACCCUGGUGAUAUGUUCCGAAGGAAAUGCCAGCUUUUACGAGAUCGGCAUCAUGUCGACACCGCUGGAAUUAAAAUACUCGGUGCUGGGCUGGAACCAUCCCGGCUUCGCUGGCAGUAGCGGUCGACCAUAUCCAGAUCAGGAUCAGAAUGCGAUCGACGCCGUGCUUCAGUUCGCCAUCGGCGAGUUGGGUUUUAAACCCGAGAACAUUAUCCUGUACGGUUGGAGCAUUGGCGGUUACUCUACCCUUUACGGCGCUUCACUCUUCCCGGAGGUGAAAGGAGUGAUCCUUGAUGCGACGUUCGAUGAUGUACUGCAGCUCGCCUUGCCCCGUAUGCCGGAAAGUAUCUCUAACAUCGUAAAAAUUGCUAUCCGAGAGUACGUUAACCUGAACAACAGAGACCUGAUCACGCAGUACAAAGGCCCGGUACUGUUUAUUCGCCGCACGGAAGAUGAAAUCAUUUGCUCAGAAGAGAAUAACCUUGCUACCAAUCGGGGCAACUUUCUGCUCAUCAACAUGCUACAGCACCGCUUCCCCUAUAUCUUCAAGCCGGAACAGCUGCCGUAUGCCGAGGAACUGCUGUCGAAACCGAUAGAAUUGAUGCUAGUUGAUACGGACCUCACUGACCACUUGAUGGACUAUGUGGGCCUAAACGCUCGGGAUGGCAUCUUGAGAUACCCCCUCGACAUCGGUAAUGAAGCCGAUUUCUCAAACGACUCGCGCCGUGCAUGGGUGAAGUUUCUGAUAAAGAAACAUCUAUCGGAUUUCAAGUCGACCCAUUGCACUCCGCUACCGAAGGAAUUCUUCCAAAGGCCGUGGGAACUUCCGAGCGAACUUGACUACUACAUCGUAUCGCACGACAAAACACGUCGUUGGCCCCGUUGAAGCCUAUUUUGGUGCGGUGUGAAAGGCAUGGAGAGGCGCAAAUAAGACAUGGGAACUGACUUGAUGUUUGUGGAAAGGUAAAGAUAUUUAUAGACUAAAGGCGCGUGUAGGUGAAGCAAAUUAUACUCUGUCACUGUUGGCGCAGUACAUUGUCCUGUAGGAUCGGGGAACUGGAGAACAACUAACCCUCCGGUGAAGGGAUUUUCCGAGUAUGAGGAAUAUUUUCCAACUAUCGCUUGAAUGUAAGACAUCAUUGGAACAACAAAAAUCUAUUUUACCCAAAGGGUUUAUCCUGACCAUCGUUACCCGAUGAUAACAAAAUAAAAUCUCCCUUGGUAAA